AUGCCUGGCUCUACCACCUACUACUUCCCAAGAAGCAUGCGACUUCUGCUGCUGGCCCUGCCUGCCCUUGCUCUUCUACCCCAAGUGAUCCCAGCCUACAGUGGUGAGAAAAAAUGCUUGAACAGUUCGGGGAACUGCAGGAAAAACUGCGAAGAUGGAGAAACGAUACAGGACACAUGUAAAAAUCACCGAGUCUGCUGCGUUCCGAUCAUGAGGGCCAACAAGCCAAAGGCCUCGGUCAGGGUCAGCUGGACAACGGAGGAAACCACGACAAUGGAGUACGAUCUAAACUCAGAGUUCAUGGAUGAACUUAACACAGAGAUUGAUUCAGAAUUCGUGGAUGUAAGACACGAGGAAAGAACAGGCCUGAGAGGUGGCUGGAGAGCUCUGUCUCUGGAGUCUGAGAGCUCAUGA